AGAGCGCUGAACAGUUUUGGACCGUAGGACCAUGAGAGGGCCGGAGCUGGGUCCCGAGCCCACGAUGGAGGGUGACGUGCUCGAUACACUGGAGGCGCUGGGGUAUAAGGGACCACUCUUAGAAGAACAAGCCCUUACCAAGGCAGCGGUGGGUGGAUUAUCUUCACCUGAAUUUUCAGAGCUCUGUGUUUGGUUAGGCUCUCAGAUAAAGUCAUUAUGCAACUUGGAAGAAAGUAUCACUUCAGCUGGGAGAGAUGAUCUAGAGAGCUUCCAGCUUGAAAUAAGUGGUUUUUUAAAAGAAAUGGCAUGUCCAUACUCUGUACUCAUAUCAGGAGAUAUUAAAGACCGCUUGAAAAAGAAAGAAGACUGUUUGAAACUUCUGUUAUUUUUAAGUACAGAACUUCAGGCUUUACAGAUAUUGCAGAACAAGAAAUGUAAAAAUUCUCAGUUAGAUAAAAAUAGUGAAAUUUAUCAAGAAGUUCAAGCUAUGUGUGACACCCUUGGUGUACCCAAGUCAACAACUUCUGACAUUCCACAUAUGCUAAACCAAGUGGAGUCAAAGGUGAAGGAAAUUCUCUCAAAAGUCCAGAAAAAUCAUGUGGGAAAACCUCUGCUGAAAACUGAUUUAAAUCCAGAACAGGCGGAAAAACUGGAAAGAAUCAAUGAUGCUCUUUCCUGUGAGUAUGAAUGCCGACGGCGGAUGUUAAUGAAACGAUUAGAUGUGACAGUGCAGUCCUUUGGAUGGUCUGAUAGAGCAAAGGUAAAAACAGAUGACAUAGCAAGAAUUUACCAGCCUAAGCGUUAUGCUUUGUCGCCCAAGACAACAAUUACAUUGGCACAUCUGCUUGCUGCUCGUGAAGAUCUAUCCAAGAUAAUCAGAACAAGCAGUGGCACUAGCCGGGAAAAGACUGCUUGUGCUAUUAAUAAGGUGCUGAUGGGAAGGGUACCUGACAGGGGAGGACGGCCGAAUGAAAUUGAACCACCACCUCCUGAAAUGCCCCCUUGGCAGAAGAGACAAGAAGGCGGUGGAAGGGGAGGUUGGGGUGGUGGUGGAGGUGGUGGUAGAGGAGGUGGUGGGGGUGGAAGAGGUGGCUGGGGGGGAGGAGGAGGUGGAAGAGGAGGCUAUGGUGGAAGAGGGGGCUAUGGUGGAAGAGGUUAUGGAGAUCCAUAUGGAGGAGGAGGAGGUGGUGGCGGUGGAUAUAGAAGAUAUUAAAAACUACAAAAAUUGGAUAGCAGUUCUUACUUUUUGGUAGAUACAUUAGGCAUAGUGUUCUAAAUAACAUACUUGAAUAUCACUAUUGACGUAAACACCAUGUUAGGCUCCCUGAGGAUGUUACUAUGUAAGAAUAUUGUUUUAUACUACCAGUUGAUCUCAGAUGAAGUCAUGAUUUUUCCCCAUAUUCUGUGUACCCUUGAGCAUGUUGUAUCUUUUUAAAAAACAAAAAAAAUGAACAAAAAUUUUUUAAAAUGUAAAUAUUUGUUACCAUCAAACUUGGAAAAUAGAAAGUAUUUUAUUGUCGUGAAGAAUUUAGACUGUUACCUGUAUUUUGUUCAGGUUCAAGACACAUUAAAUGACCCCACCUGCAAUGGAAAGGAAUAUAGACUCUUGCUUCAUCUAUAUUCCUGUGGAUGUGCUUUGUACUUGUUAAUUCUACUUUAUAGAAUAGGGAAAGGGACUGAUAAAUUGUGUUCAAUAAGUAGUUGUCAUGAUUUGUUUUUUAUAGGAAGGAAAUAUCGUCCCGUAACAACUCCUGCAAAAAACAAAUCCUCUGACUAGGUUUCUAUUAAAGUUCCACUAAUUGAAACCCAA